AUAGAAAAUGAUUAAGUAUAAUUUGCAUAUGUUUCUUUUAAACGUAAAUUAACGAAAAAAAGGCGAACAUAGUUCGCCGUCGUCCUAGUUUUGCGGUCUCGUUAUUUUUGGUGCGGACAAAAGAAACGAUCACGGAAUAUGAAAAGUGCAAUCAUUUUGGUGGGGCUAGUGUGUUACGCAAAGUUGUCCUUUGCCGAAGAGGUUCGUCUCUUAGACCUGGAACCAACAGACGCUCAACAAGUGAUUGAAUCUCAAGACCAGACGUUGAAGUACGCUCCGAAGAUAGACUCGAAUGUACCCGCCGUCCGAUUUUUGGGAAACGAACCCCACCAUGUAGCGGAAGAUAUCUACCUGGCGAGACAGUAUCAUGGCCAGGACGGACUCGGAGGGUACCUAUAUGGUUAUUCCGUACCAGACAUUGCCAAAAAUGAAAAGAAAAAAGCAGGCGGCGAUCUCAGAGGUGCUUACAAUUACAUCGCAGGUGAUGGUCAAGAAAUAAGGGUAGAAUACUGGGACGACGGUACCGGAUUUCACCAGAUAGAUAACGUGCCCAAGAUUCUGCCCAAGCAAAUCGACGAUUCGCCUGAAGUAAAAGCUGCCAAAGAAGAAUUCUUAAAGAGGUGGAACGAGGAAGCCGAGAGGAAUCAGCAUCCCGUGGCGAACCCCUACAACAGCGAAGGUCAAUAUUCCAGCGGACCUUUGUCGGCACAAGGCCAGCUAGAACGCCAGAAACUAUUCAACCAGCAGCCGCAGCAGCUAUCCUUCGGCUAUCAGAAAGAUUUCGGCCAGUCAUCACCUGGGUUUUCGUCUCAAUCUCAACACCAGGCUCAAUACUCCGCAGAUUCAUCUAGUCAACCAUCAGGAACCUCCGCGCAAUCGCAGCAAUUUUCUUCAGGGCUGUACAGAGCGCAAGGUGUUGCCGGACCAUCGCAAUCAGUCAGUCAGCCAAGUCAAUUUGGCGGAUCCUCUCAGGCUCAAUUUGGCGGUCAAUAUCGAGGCCCCGGUAAUCCUGGGGCUCAAGGUUAUUCCAAAUACAAUCCCGCCCCAGAAAAUCAAGUGGACUACUCCGGACAGUAUAGCGAAAACAGGGAUAUAUAUGCGAAGGCUAAUUCGGAUGAAGACUCGGAAGAAAACACCACCGGACCGCCUAAAGGUUUCUUCUACAGCUUCGAUUACCCUGUAGGAAUAAUCGUCCAAAAAGGGGCAGCUCUCAAGAGGGAGGCGGGCGUACGAGAUGUGUAUGAAGAGAAUAAGUCCAAAUUCGAGUCGCAGCUGGCCCAGAGACAAGGCAAUGGCGGUUCUAGUUCGACGGGCUACGUAUAUUUGAAGAAUUAGUUCUUUGCCGUUGGUCUUUUACUUAAUUUAUUGCCAAACAGCGCGGAAUUGCUUUUGACAAAGUUUCGCUCGUCGUCAAAAUACUUAAAUAUUUUGUUAUGUGAAAUCGGUUACGCUUUUAGACAAUUUUUUUGGUGGAAUAUAUAAAGCUUUAGAAAGA